AUGGGCUUCAACAAGACAGAAUCAAACAACCAAAAACGGUUGCUGGAUGCUACAGAUAUAUUGCAUCAAGUUCAAGUAGACGUACAGAAUCUAAAGGCCAAUAUGGCAACUGUCCAAUCACAAGUCAAAACUAGUCAAACGCCUAGAAUAGGAUUCACGUCAACCAUAAGUAAAGACGUCGUUAAUCUUGGUGACAAUCAAGUUAUCCGCUUUGAUACAGUGUAUACAAACGAAGGGGGUGACUACAAUCAUCUAACGGGUAUUUUCACGUGUGAAAUUCCAGGGCUAUACGCUUUUUAUGUUCAUACUUUGGCAGAACCUGGAAAACACCUUGAAACAGAAAUAACUAAAAAUCUUCGAACUAUGGCAAACACGUAUGCAUACGAUAAAGAAGCCUUUUCCUCCGGAAGUAACAUGGCUGUGAUGAUACUCCAAAAAGGUGAUACUGUGCUGGUCCGAUCUCAUGGCAGUGCGCAUUCUCAUAAUGGAUCAGUGAUUGACUACUGGUAUACAUCCUUCUCGGGGUUCCUGAUUGCACCUUGAGCUAAACGACAUAAAUAUGCCUCAAAAUUA